GGAAGAUCAUCUAUUUUGAUACCUGUCAGCUCAAAGAUUAUGUUAUAAUUAACCCGCUCCUCAUGGUGGAGAUUAUGAGAUCCUUUGUGACAGAUGUAGGAUUUUGGCCAAAGAAAAAAGGUUUAGAGGAAACUUUCCGAAGAAUGUCAGAAAGUGGGAUCAUACGUCGAGAAGACCUGUAUCAGAUAUGGAAACAAAAGGACUUCCGGGCAAUUCUACCAUACAAAGAGUUUAUAUUCAACAUCCUCAUUCAUCUAGAUAUUCUGGCAGAGCAACGGAGGUAUGAUAUAGCUACAGGAAGUCGGUUACAAGUAGAGAUGUUCUUUGUUCCCUGUAUGGUUACAGAACGAAAUACCACCAGCUUUAUGGACACAGUAUGUAUACCAGAGAGAGCUGUAUGUUUGGCGUUUGUGUUUAAAGGAACUGUCAUACCACCAGCUUUGCCCAAUCGUCUGAUCAGUGCGUGUCUGAGCAUGUGGACUUUGAAGCAGUAUGAAGGAAGGAAACUCCUCUUUUCAGGAUUUGUUGUAGUCUCAUUUGACAAAGCACAUGAUAUUUGUGUAUGUGUUGAAGGCAACAAAGUUCUCCUUUACAUAGUCCAUAGAACCGCCGCUGGACUGAUAGUACCAGAUAUAGCAACUGGAAUUAAGGAAUGUUUGGUUACAACAAUGGAGAGAAUAUCAGAUUUCUAUCGGUCCACAAUAGAUGUCAAACACAGCCAACAACUACCUUUCCAUAUUGAAUAUUCAUGUUCUGAGUUGAAAUGCUUCAUAUGUGAAGAGGAAGCUUUGACCUCAAUGACAAGUGAAUGGGUUUGUGACAACCAUAAGAUAAGACACAGAGCCGGAAACUGGGUAGUUUGGAACCAAGAUAAGAAGAAAGAACAGUGUGAGCAGAAUUGUUCAGGUUUAAGUGAUGAUGCGUUGAGCAAGAUACCAAGUGAUAUUGAGUUAUUACGUUUUUCAACAAAAUAUCCAUUAAACCAAAUUUUUGAAUUAGUUACGUAUCUAGAUAUGUGUGAGGAAUGGGAAGCUAUUAAAUACAAUAAUGGAGAAAGAAUAGAGGUUGCAAAAUUUUUGGUGUUAACGAAAUGGAAACAGAUGAAACCUGAGAGCAAUUUCCAAGCCUUGGCAGAAGUUUUGACAAAAAUGAAUAUAUCAAAACAUUUGUUAUGUCAAGUAAGAAGAGUCCGUGUAGCAGAAACAGACAUUCCUUUGGAAUACCUAGAUUGUAUCCCAACAGAUGAGAUUUUGGAUGCAUUAGCACCACAAAUAGGUCAGAUAUUUUUUCAACUUGGUGCUGAAAUUGGACUGUCUAUUCCAACACUAGAAAAUAUACAGAGCAAUCAUCCCCACGACUUAGCAGCUCAGAAUAGUGAAGUACUGUUAACAUGGAGAGAAGACAGAUCAGUGAAACCUACAAUACGGGUACUGGUACAGGCUUUAGUAAAUGUUGGGAGAGGAGCACACUGUUUACAGGAAGUUUUAAUGAAUGUGGAUCCUAAUACCCUUAGAGAACCAGAAGAAGUGAGAGAUAAAGGUGCAAUAUCCAAGAAAUCAAACAAAUGUUCAAUAGCUUGAAAGUGGACACCACAGAGUAAAGGUAGAACAAUAAUGCAGGAGAAAAAGAAGACUACAGCUAAGGAGAAAACUAUAAAAUGCAAUCCGGUCUUAUUGUUUCUAAAAAAUACUUUCACUUUUGCAUUUUAUUCGUUCCAUAUAUUCCGCGUGGAGCAGGAAAAAUAGGUAUAGUAGUCGCCUGUCUAUUUGUCCUUCCAUCUGAUACAACAAUGCUAAGAGAUUGUUUGACAGAAAACUUUCAAUCAUAUACUUUACACAACUAUUUUCAUGUAUUUGUUGUCUGCACUAUAUUGUUAUUUUGAGUUGACAAUUGAAUGGGGGCCGUGUAAAAAAAAAAUUAACAAUAAUAACACAAUGAUGUUUUUAUAAUAUUGGAAUAGGUUUGCUCAAUAAACACAGAAUACAGUCAUGUUUACUCUUACAGUGUUAUGUUACUUGAAUGUUGAAAAUUGCAAAAUUUUUAUGUUUCUAUAUCAUUAAUGAAGAAAACCUUUUUUAAAUUGAUUCAUAAAAUUCUGGAAUAUUGGCAAGCUCGUGCAAUAUAAAAGUAUACUCUAGACAAUGUUCAUGCAAUAACAUAGAAUGUUGUAAAAUUCAUGUAUUCUUCAAGUGUAUGAUCCCUCAUAUGAUAAUGUAAUAUAAUAAUGCAUUUACUGUUUAUUUUUUUACAUAUUUUGCAUAUAUAAACUUGAAAAUGCAAAUGAUUAUUUUUACUCAAGGGGGGUUUGAAUAUGAUAGAUAUCAGAAGUUAUUUCACCGCUCUUAAAGCUAUGUGGGUAAAAAGAUUAGUAAAUGAUUGUGAAUGAGGUUGGACAAUUAUACCUCAACACUAUUUGUAUAAUUUUGGGUCAAACUGGUUAGUGUUUCAAACAAACAGUGGGGAUAAGACAGACGAAAGCAUUGAAAACAUCCCAGAUUUUUAUAAAGAUAUUAUUAAAUGUUGGAAAUUAACUGGUGGAGGUCUAACAAAAAAAACAGAAACAUUUACAGAUAUAAGAAAACAAAUAUUAUGGAACAAUAAAUUUAUUAAAUUUGAAAAUAAAGCUAUAUUUUUAAAAUAUUGGAUUAAAAGCGAUCUUAUUUAUGUAAAUGAUAUCAUAGAUGAAAAAGGUUGUAUUUCUCAAGACAUAAUUUUAAAUAAACUAAAAAAUAAAUCAAACUGGAUGGCUGAAAUUAAUUUAGUGAAGAAAUCUAUACCAAAAGACUGGGCAGCAAUUUUAAAAUCGGAAAAUUCUAUAAAAAGCAUUGUUAAUAUAAAGAGAAACCAAUUUAUAUUGGAUGGUUUACCUAUAAAAUUAGAAGCAUUAACAAAUAAACUUUUAUAUAAGUCUCUGAUAAAUAAAAAAAUUGAACCAGCUAUUGGACCCCAAAAAUGGCUGCGUAUAUUUGAUAUAGAUGAUGUGUUAUAUCAAAACUAUCUAUAUAAAUUUUUAUUCAAAUAUUUAAAAGAAAAUAAACUUAGAAUUUUUCGAUGGAAAUUACUACAACAUAUUCUACCUUCAAA